CUCGUAUAGGUUAUUUUUACGAAAAUUACAUCUCUUCUUUUACUAACUCUUUCGGGAAUACGAUCUCCGAGGAUUUUCGGGUGGUAAUUCCGUCGUAACCGUUUUUGACCCCAACAGAAUGCCUCACCCCUGGAACCGAUUCGCUCAUACUCUCCGUCAUAUGGAUGGCGGAGUAUCACAUCUGCUAGAUCUCUGGUAAGCAAAGGACUAAUCAAACGGGUGGGAUCAGGAUCAUCUAUCUCUGUAUGGAAUGAUCUCUGGCUCCCAACCACUCGCCCGAGACCAGCCAACAAAAACCAACACAAUCAUUAUCCAGAUCUCACGGUGGAUUAUUUCAUUGAUCCUACUACGCGGACUUGGAAUUUGCAGGCACUUCGGACUCUUGUGGACCCACAGGAUGUGAAACUAAUAGAAAGCAUACCACUGAGCAAGACUCAGAUGGUAGAUAGAACUGGAUGGCAUUUCACAAACAAUGGAAAAUAUACGGUAAAAUCAGGUUAUCAGGUAGAGCGAGUUUACCCAGAUCGGGAAAGACCACCAGUAAUGUUUGGACCCACAGUAGAUAUUUUGAAGUCUUUUUGUUGGAAAAUACGGUGUCCACCAAAGUUAAAACAUUUCCUUUGGCAAUUGGUAACGGGGUGUGUUGCAGUAAAGAAAAAUCUGCAAGCACGGGGGUUAACUGGGGAUAUAUGUUGUGCAAGAUGUGGUGCUAACGAGGAGUCUAUAAACCAUGUGUUUUUUGAAUGUCCUCCAGCAGUUCAGGUUUGGGCUCUCUCGCAGAUACCAUCUAAUCCAGCUAUUUUUCCAACAGAGUCUCUAUUUACAAAUAUGGAUUAUCUUUUCUGGAGAGUUCUUCCGCAAUUAGAGGAUCAUCAGUUUGCAUGGAUACUCUGGUAUAUUUGGAAAGGACGGAAUAAUAAAGUUUUUAGCAAUUUGGAUAUUGAUCCUCGGGAUACGCUUAAAUUGGCAGAAACGGAAUCUGCACUCUGGGCGGAAGCACAGCUAGUAAAAGAACAGAGAACGGUAUCACAAGUCGAUGUCAUCUCUUUGCCGGAGAUUCCAGGUAGAUGGUGUUUCACAGAUGGUUCUUGGAAGGAAAAUGAUAAUUUUUCUGGACAGGGCUGGUUCAGUACUUUAGAAGGGUUUGCCGGGUUGAUGGGGGCAAGGAAUGUUCGGACUAGUCUUUCGCCUCUCCAUGCAGAGAUGGAAGCACUACUUUGGGCAAUGGAAUGUAUGAGGAACUUACGUCAAUUUCAGGUCACGUUUGCUACGGAUUGUUCUCAAUUGGUGAAGAUGGUUUCGGAACCAGAAGAAUGGCCAGCAUUUGCAAGUUAUUUGGAAGACAUUAAAGUCCUGAAAGAAAGUUUCCUCCAAUCAGAGAUCGUUCAUGUAUCACGAACGCAAAACUCAAGGGCGGACAGCCUAGCACGCAGUGCCAGGAGACAACCGUCUUUUGUUGUUCACAUGGAUCAAUAUACUCCGAUUUGGUUUACAGAGUCUGUAUGAGUCUGUAUAAGUUGAUGACAAAAAAAAAAUUAAGGUAUAUCUAUCUUCAUAAAAUACUUGGUUUAAUAUUUGUUUCUAUUUUGCAAUAUUUUGUUAUAUAUUAUGUGUAAAGAAUAAUUUUGUUAUUGCUCUUCUUUAUUCAGUUUCAGUUUCAAUGUGGUUAACUAAAAAUAUUAAUACAGUUAUUGAGAUUGUUUUAGGGGGCUAUGUUUUCUUUUUGUUUUUGAGGUGUAAAUAUUUGAUAUGUAACUUUUAGAAUCUAAAAUAUAAUACACAUAAAAAUACGUAUUCAAAAUUUAUAGAUCUACUAUGAAAGAAGUGAAAUAUGAGAACCAUGUAAUGAAAAACCUGUAAAAACAAGAUAAAUUAGUGGGAAAAACAUGAGAUAACAAAUGAGAAAUUGAUACAAAGUUUGGUGUUUUCAAGUUCAAAGAGAUUAGAGAGAGGUUGAAGAGUUUUAGAGUGAGAAACAUCACAUUUUUGUUGCAGCCAUUUGAAAAAAAAUAGAGAGAAUGUAUAAAAAAAAUUAUAUUAGGAGACAAAAAUUCCAAUUAGGUUAAUUAUUUUUAGUGGUUAAUUAUUUUUGGUUCGGAAUACUUCUUGGAAUCUUCUAGCAUAAAAUGCAUUAGAAAACUUCUAAAAAAGUUCUCUAAACCAUAUCUUUACUCUUCGUUCGAGAAGUCUUCUAAUACAUUAUAUGUUAGACAACUUUCCAAGAAUUCUUCUAAACCAUAAAAUCAAAUAACUAACUAAAUACCAACAAACACUUCAUUAAACAUAUGAUCAACUUAAAAGUGUUUAAUAUAUACAAAACUAAACACAUAUAUGUUCAAAUGAAUUUUCUUUAAAAAAAAAUUAAGAUUCUAAAAUUAACCCUAAAAUAAAAAUAAUACUAUAACAUAUGUUACAAAACCCUAUACCAAAGACAUUCAUGUCUUAUAACAUAUAUUCAAUCAUCUAUGUUGAAAAGAAUUCAAUUUUAGUAAAUCUAAUUUACAUCACUUAAAAAUGUUUAUAAUUACUUUCAGGGGGUUGUGUUCAUAAAAGUGCAUACAGAUUUUUUAUAUAUGUAAUUUCACUAGUCUCUUGGAUUAAUAUUUAUUUUAUUAAAUUUGGAGUAUAAUUUUGUAUUUUAAUCAAGUUAUAGGUCAUAUUUUGCAAUUUUCUCAAUAUAUAUAGCCACAACAAAUAUAUCUACAACUUUAAUUCUAUAACAAAAUAUGCAAAUUACAGUUUACUAGGAUAAGCCCGCCCUACGGGCGGGAAGCAAAUACACAAAUAAUUCAACUAAUCGGAAUAAAUAUUUAAUAUUAAUUGUUAUUAUUUAAAAAUAUACAUAUUUGUUAAUUUUUAUUUGAUAUUGGAUUUGAAAACUAAAUAAACCAUGUUAUCUGAAUAAUUAUUUAUGUUUUUACAAAAUAAAUACUAUCUAUUAUAUUUUAGAAUAUGAUUUUCUAAAUAAACCAAACUGGCUUUGAUUUCUUUAAAAAUAAAUACUACGUAUUAUUUUUAUAAAUAUGAUCCUUUUUUUAAGAGGUUAAAAUGAUUUUCUUUUGUUUAGUAACUUAUGUUUUAAUUAUAAUUUAUAAUUAGAUGUGGUUUUACAUCAUUUCUUGUGAUUUUCCUCGGUUGCAUGACUAAAACAAAUCAGUGAGAUUAUUUUUUCUCAUUUUUGUUAGUAGAAAAAAACAAACUUGUAAAUAGAUUCAUAUAUUUUUAUUUAAUUUAUUUUAUAUAUAGUACUGGAUUAUGUUAUAUCUUUUUACCAAACAUGUCUUUACGGUACGUUUAGUGAGAAUUUUAUUUGAGUUAAAAUAUAUAUUAUUUGGGGUUAACCCGUCCUACGGACGGGUGAGUUUACAAUAAAAUUAUUUUAUAUUAAAAUAUAUUUAAAUUUUAUAAAACAUCUGAAAAUUAAUUUAAAUUGAACAUAAAAGUUAACUUUUUCUAACAUCAUACUGUAAAAUUUAUUAAUUUUUAUUGGUUUGAGUUGAAAGAACUACUAACGGUAUUUUUCUUAAGGGAACACAAUAUUUUAAAUAAAAAAUGAAAUGGUUUAUUUUUAUUCGUUUGAUUUUUAUUUUAUUUUGAUAUAAUUGAAGAAAUCUAAAGUAAGAAUAGUUAACACAAUUUUUUUUGUUUAGAGUUUCAAAUUAUAAUAUUAGUAUACUAAUUAAUUUUCUCACGAUUAUAAAUUAAUCCACUUCCAAGAUAAUAAAUUUAAAAUAUAAUGUAAUGUGAUAAAAUUAUAAGAACUUAUGUUUCAAAGUACUAUAUAAUUAUUCAAUAACUUUAUAGAUAAUAAAUAAUGUAUUUUAUUUAAAAUGAUGUUUUAUAAUAUAUCUUUGUUUCAGUUUAUAUUAGAUUUUCAGUUUAUAAUGAAAUUUGAUUUAACUUGUUUUACUAAUUAUGUUUUGUAGAUUAUUUUGGUUUUGUUGAAUUUUUUUAUAACAAAUUAUUUUGUAGGGAAUGUUUUUUAUGCUGUUUGAAAAUAUUUUUAUAGAUUUGUUUUAUAAAGUAACAAAAUAUUACAUUUAUAGCAGAAUUUUACUUGAGUUUCAUUCCAAAUAAUAUCAGAUAAUUUAUUUCGAAUAAGUUAGAGAGAAGCAAACCUUAAUUUAACCAAAAUAACUUAAAUGUAGUGUAACAACGAUUAAUAAUCUGAAAACUAAGACGAACCAAACUGCAUACACAUAUUUUCUGCCAUAUGUUUUUCUCUUCAAAGAUUAAAAUCAAAAGAAGUAAAUCAAUCUUUUAAUCUUUUUGGCGUUCACUUCUUGUUUAUUUGGGUCAUUACGAAUUUGUAUUAGGUUGAUGCUGUUGGAGAUCAAAUUGUUUGAGAUAGUCCAAAGUUACCGACUCACGUAUUUAUAGCUUGAAUUCUGGUCUCUGUAAUUUUCGGAAAAGAUGUAUUUUAGUUUUAUUUAUAUGAAAGCUGAAAUAGAAAAUCAAGACUCAAAUUAUUAAAAAACGAAUGCUUGUAAUAAAAGCAUGUGUCAUAGCGACUGUAUAGGUCUGUAAUGGUGAGAUGUUAUUGUUGUUUUUAUGCCCCGAUAGUUUGUUAAGUAUCAAUCAAGUCUAAUGACUAAUUUUAUGGAUGGAUUUUUGAUGCGCUUCCAACAAUUGGCCAUCCAGAUAUUAUUUAGUUUUUUCCAAAGCAAUCUUACAUUGCUUGACCGACUCCAUGCUCUCUUUUAUUAUACCACAAAGAUAGUUAGCAUUGUCAUACAAAUCUUUAGUAUGCAUCUCUUUUGGUGUUGUUUUUUUUAAUGAUAAUACACUUAUAUUCUAUUAGAACCGUUAUCGUUCUAUUUGAGAACCGUGAGGACACGCUUUGUACGUUAGAAUCUUUGCGAUCAAGAAACUGUUGGAAAAGCUUGAAACUGAGAGAGAAUCUGUUGAUGUAAAGUUUAAGGAUAUUGUGGGAAGUCUUUCUCUUCUUCUUGUUGAUGCUUCCGAGCCCUUCGAAUAGUAUUUUGGAUCUGUAAGGAAGGCGAAAGGCGAGAAAGCGGAUGAGGAAUUUGCGAGAAAGGCGACGCAGAGUGCACAGAUCAUAUGGGUUAAAUUUUUUAGUUCUCUUUAGAGACAGGUUGAGAUUCUUGGUUGCAUUAGAGCAAGUUUGGAGCUCUUGUUGGUUAUUUUUUUGUACUUUGUGCUGAUGUUCUGUUUCAGAAUUUGUGGGUUGGUUAGGUCAAGAGAGAGAGAUUGGAGAUAGAGAGGAAAACAAAGAAUGUUUUGUUUGAAUAUUUCUAAUAAAAUAAGAUUUCAAUAAUUAGUAAAAUUUGUUGGGAUGUUCUUAUUUCUUAAUGUCACAAUGAGCAAACCUCAAUGAAUUUGAUUAGGCUUGGCUCUGAGUUCCAGAGGCUUUCGGUUAUUGGUGAGAAAUCUUGCACCUGCUGAAGUGUGAGGAUAUGAUUAUUAAAGUCAUUCAAACAGAUCGUUUGGUAGAGAAGAUGCAUAUAACAGAGAGCCUACAGUGUCACUUGACCAAACCAGAUUCCGAUUUCUAUGGGACUGCUUCCUAGGUGUUUCCUUGACUGUGAUCUUCCAGUUCAUGCUUCUUGGGACUGGCCAAAUCGACAAAUCAAUCAGUUUGCAUUUCCGGUUUCCUGUGGUUGAUCCAAGUUCAAACUGAAUCUUGCAAAUUUACAAAACUCAAGGCUAUAUGAUUAAUGAUGUAGUUUGUUUUUAUUAGCAAAAAAAAAAUUAUUUUCAUAAAGACUAAGUAUGUACACUCUGUUACACUCCGUUACAACUCCCAACAAUCAA